UAUGCCUAUUGAAAUAAUUACGACGUGUUAAACUAUCCGAAUAGCCAUUUCUGCGAGGUCGCGUUGCGAUUGUGAGUAAUCUUUCAUUUUUGGAGGGCAGCCCAAUGACUAAGACACACAAGGCGAUCAGAGAGCGUAUAUGAACCAUAUAUUAUUUUACAUUACUUUCUAUGGAAAAGAAACUAUCAGAUAAUGAAUAAUUAAUUUCAUAAUAGAAUUACAUCAUCGACACCGACGGAAUUCCUGGUAUAUUCAAGCUAUCCGUCCCGCCGUCAGCCGGAAACGAGCAUGAAAGCAGGAUCUCGGUGUCGGUCAAAGAGGAGGAGAAAAAGACGAGGGCGCAAUGGGGAAACGGGGUGGAAUUCCUCAUGUCCUGCGUGGCGUUUUCCGUUGGCCUCGGGAAUGUUGGAGAUUUCCGUACACGGCCUACGAGAAUGGCGGUGGCGCCUUCCUCAUCCCUUACAUAGUAGUGCUCUUCGUAAUUGGCAAACCCUUCUAUUACAUGGAGAUGAUCCUCGGACAGUUCACCAAUAGAUCCUGCGUGCAAAUCUGGUCGGUGUCGCCCGCGUUCCAAGGGAUCGGCUAUGGUGUGGCAGUAUCGGUGUUCUCCGUAAUCACUUAUUAUUGCGCUCUUAUGGCCCUGACGUUAUAUUACAUGGUGGCCAGCUGUCAGUCAGUGCUCCCGUGGUCCUAUUGUUGGGAUGAAUGGGGCGACGUGUGUUUCAAUAGCUCGUCGAGCGGCGAGCAAGCGAGAAACGGAAGCGGAAGAAGCUCCGCCGAUCUCUAUUUCAGAAAAUACGUCCUUAAUGAAACUGGGAUCGAGAAUGGGCUCGGGCUACCUUCGUGGAAGCUGGUCCUCGCGUUGCUGGUCAGUUGGAUAUUCGUCUAUGUGGUGAUCUGCAAGGGGGUGAAGAGCACUGGUAAAGCCGCCUACUUCCUAGCCAUUUUCCCAUACGUCGUCAUGAUUAGCCUUCUAGUGAGGGCGGUGACGCUGGACGGAGCGAUGGAUGGCAUCAUCUUCCUCUUCAAGCCCACGUGGCACAAGAUCCUGGAGCCGGCGGUUUGGUACGCCGCCGUCACGCAAUCGUUCUUCUCCCUCGGCGUAUGCUUCGGCGCGGUUACCAUGUACUCCUCUUACAACAGUUUCAAUCACAAGGUAUCGAGAGACUGCAUGAUCGUGACGACUCUGGAUCUCUGCACCAGCUUGAUGGCGGGCGCGACCAUUUUCGGAAUUCUGGGUAAUCUCGCCCACGAAAUUGGUAGCGACGAUAUCGGUAGCGUCGUACGCGCCGGGACGGGGUUGGCUUUCGUAUCCUAUCCGGAAGCCUUGGCGAAAUUCACGGUGGUACCGCAGCUUUUUGCCGUGCUCUUCUUCCUGAUGCUCUUCGUGCUGGGCAUAGGCACUACCGUUGCUUUCUGCAAUGUGAUUAUCAGCAUUAUCAAGGACCAAUUUCCACGGCUUAAUCAGUGGAAGAUCGCCGCUGGUGUUGCCAUUCUCGGAUUUUCAAUCGGCAUUGUCUACUGCACGCCUGGCGGUCAAUACAUUCUCAACCUGGUCGACUAUUUCGGUGGAACUUUUAUUAUCGUGUUUUUAGCUUCCUUCGAAAUGAUCGCCAUUUCCUGGAUAUACGGUAUUGACAAUUUUAUGGACGAUAUCGAGUUCAUGGUAGGACGACGUCCAUUCUUUUAUUGGAGAUUCUGCUGGUGUUAUUUAACUCCUUUGUUUCUAUUCACCAUCUUGAUUUACUUCCUGAUUGAUAUGACACCACUCAUGUACAAUGAUGAAUAUUAUCCAACGUCCGCAUAUGCUGCUGGUUGGACGCUUUUGGCUUUAGGGAUUCUUCCAUUUCCCUUAGGCAUUAUUAUUGUUGGAUUUCGGAAUAGAGACAAGUGCUCGAAUACAUUUAAGCCGAGUGCCGAUUGGGGUCCGAAGGAUUUGCAAAAAUACAAUGAAUGGAGAGAUUUCAAGCAUUCGAAAAGGAUAUCACGAGCGUGUGCGAAAAAAUCAAAAGUUAUAGCAGCGCUGUUUGGCAAAGAUUGACAAUAACAAUUAUUAAAAUAACAUAAAAAUCAA